UGGAGAAAAACGCCCCCUCAGGUCCUGUCACAAGAGAUCGCUCUCACAUUGAAGAGACGCUGCGUCUGGCAACAGCUGAACCUUCACGAGAAUAUGUUGAUGCUUUGAAGAAACUCCAGGAGGUCUACAACACUGCAAUCAAACCCUUGGAGAAGGCCUACAAAUACAAUGAGCUCAGGCAGCACGAAGUGUCAGAUGCUGAGAUCACCUCUAAGCCCAUGGUCCUGUUUUUGGGUCCUUGGAGUGUUGGCAAGUCUUCCAUGAUCAAUUACCUUCUGGGUCUUGAAGAAUCUUCACAACAGCUUUAUACUGGAGCUGAACCCACAACUUCUGAAUAUACUGUGCUAAUGCAUGGUAAGAAGCUUCGCACUGUUGAGGGCAUUGUGAUGGCUGCUGAUGGCUCCCGAUCUUUCACAGCGCUGGAGAAGUUUGGUCAGGGGUUCCUGGAAAAGCUGGUGGGAAUUGAGAUGCCGCACAAACUUCUUGAGCGGGUGACUUUUGUGGACACGCCUGGAAUCAUUGAGAACCGCAAACAACAGGAGAGAGGUUACCCCUAUGGUGAAGUGUGCCAGUGGUUCAUCGACCGCGCUGACCUCAUCUUCCUGGUGUUUGACCCAACUAAACUGGAUGUUGGAUUAGAACUUGAAAUGCUGUUCAGACAGAUGAAGGGACGCGAAUCACAGAUCCGUAUCAUUCUCAACAAAGCUGACAGUCUGGCAACCCAGGACUUAAUGCGCGUGUAUGGCGCCCUCUUUUGGAGCAUGGCACCCCUGAUUAAUGUGACCGAACCGCCACGCGUCUACGUAAGCUCCUUUUGGCAGCAGGAUUACGCUCAAGACACCAACAGAGACCUGUUCCAACGUGAAGAAAUCUCUCUUCUGGAGGACCUAAAUCAGGUCAUUGAGAACCAACUGGAAAACAAAAUUGCCUUUAUUCGCCAGCACGGCAUCCGAGUGCGCAUUCAUGCUCUCUUGGUCGACCGAUACCUGCAGACGUACUAUGAGAAAUUAGGCUGGUUUAGCGACCCACAUGAGGUUUUCCAGGAUAUUGUCAGUGAUCCGGACAAGUUCUACAUCUUCAAAUCUAUCCUGGCCAAGACCAACGUGAGUAAGUUUGAUCUGCCUGAACCAGAGGCGUACCGGGACUUCUUUGGAGUCAAUCCUCCAAGCGGCUUUAAGCUCCUGUCCUCAUACUGCAGCUGGUCAGGCGGAUGCUUGAUCGAGAAGAUUGAGAAGGCCAUCACUGAUGAUCUGCCCGCACUGCUCAGCAAUUUAGCAGAGAAAAGAGAAGCCAAGACAGAGAAAAAAGAAGCCAAGACAGAGGCAACUGCAGAAACCAAAGAGAAACCCCAAAACCGUUGGCGGAGACAGUAGAAGUAACCACUAAAAGGUUUAUUUUCUACAGUCAGUCAGUUUGAGGACAUUAAAGAAUGAAUUAUGAGCUCAUGAAUGAAAAAAGAAAGGUUCAGAGACUUUUAACAAUCUGUAUGACUCUAUGAAGGAACACUCCACCUUUUUGUAAAUAGGCUCCAACAGUCAAGUUUUACCAUUUUUUAAUCUAAUUAGCCGAUCUCCAUGUCUGGCAAGAGCACUUUUAUCUUAGAUUAGCUAAAAUUAGCAUAGAUCAUUGAAUCAGAUUAAAAUAUUAGCAUGUUGCUUAAAAUGUCUUCUGUAGUUACAUCAUGUACUAAGACUGACGAGACAUGAAAAGUUCAGACAUGCCAAUUUAAGAAAAGUUAUUUCUGGGUGGGACAUUGUUGAUUUGUGGGAGGUGCGUGACAGAUCUAAAAAAAAGGGGGAGGGGUGUGUGACGUAAUACUAAGCUAAUAUAACUAGGAACUAUACUCUUAUUCUGGUGUAAUUAUCAAGGAAUUUUGCUUCCAUACCCUGGCUGCAGAAUGCACAAUGUUAUUACAUGGAGACUGAAAAUCAAGCAACUUUUAAUUUUCCAUAAGUCUUACUCUUAGUACACAAUAUAAAUACAGAAGAGUCAAGAUUAAAAUAAGAAAAUUAUUGAAACUCUUUCCACAUUUUUGAACCAGACGCUACAUGUCUAAUCUAAGUCAGUGGUCUAUGCUAAGCUAAGCUAAAAGUGAUCCUGCCAGACCUGGAAAUCAGCUGAAUGGAUUCAAAAAUGGUAAAACUCAACUGUUUAACUCUAGAGUUGUAAAAGCCUUUUUUCAAAAAACUAAAGUGGAGUUUUCCUACAAAACAGAUAAUUAGGGUAUGUUUACAUGACAACAAAGUGCCAACUGAAGUUUUAGCUAUUCUUCGAAAUGUUUUGCAUACAGACAACUUGACAAAAAUACAAACAAAAGAAAAUUAAAAAUACUAACAAUGCUGUAAUAUGCAAGCGAGGUCAGUAGGUGGCAACGUCACUUUAUAAAAAAACAGUACUUGCAUUUAUAAAUUUGUCCUGGACAACAGCGUCUUUACAAAAUCGAUUUUUUUUUUGUAGUUUAGAUGAUUAAGCUACUAUUUUAAAAAGUUUAAGCCCUCUCUGUAUAAAACAAGUGAAAAAACAAUACAGUGUUUUUGUAAAUAAGCUCCACAGGUUGAGUGUUACCAUUUUUUAAUCUCCAGAUCUGGCUGGAGCACUUUUAGCUUAGCUUAGCAAAGAUCAAUGAAUCAGAUUAAACCAUUAGCAUGUUGCUCAAAAAAAAAAAAAAAAAAAAGAGUUUUGAUUAUUUUCCUACUAAAAGCUAGACUCUUCUGUAGUUACAUCGUGUACUAAGACUGACGGAACAUGAAAAGAUGCUAUUUUCUAGGCUAAUAUGGCUUGGAACUAUACUCUUAUUCUUGUGUAAUAAUCAAGGAAUGGCUGCAACAGGCACAAUGUUAUUACAUGAAGCCUGAAAAUCAAGCAACUUUUAAUUUUCUACCUUAAGCUGCGGUCACACUGAACUUUUCUCCCUUAAGACUUCAAUUCAUAUGCAUGCGAAUGUGUCAUACCGGAAAUGCAAGCUCGUCCGACAAGUUUCGCAGUUCGCUGCGUUGCAAAGUUCAAUCUGGUGAACUCUGACCUGCAAAAUUGCAUCACUGUUUAACUCUAGAGAAGUUGUAAAAGCCUUUAAAAAAGUAGCGUUUUCAUUUAAAACAGAGAUAAUCACGGUAUGUUUACAUGUAGUUUUUGCUUUGCUUUUUGAAAUGUUUUGCAUACAGACAACUUGACAAAAUGAUCGUUUACAUGGAUCCAUAAAAAUACUAACAAUGCUGUAAUAUGCAAGCGAGUUCAGUAGGUGGCGACGUCACUUUAUAAACAAAAACUGCACUGACAAAUUUGUCCUGGGCAGCAGCAUUUUCACUAAAUCACAUACGUUUGUAGUUAAGAUGAUUAUAGUAACAUUUUAAAAAAUGUUUAAGCCCUCAAAAAGUCAUUGAGGACUUUUUAACUGCAGUAAGUGACAUGUAAACAUAUCCUAAGUAGCCCACUUUUUUCUUUCUUCUUUUAAUUUAAUUAACUUUGCAAUAUAUACUAUUUAUACAAUGUUCAAAAUAAAUAAUUACUUGAUCUUAUUUAUUUCUGAAUGUCAUUUUAAAAGUGUGAAUAUGUGUUAGAAAGACUUCAAUACUUCAGUUCCACUUGUACAUACUGAUCACGUUCCUUUGUACAACUUACUGGUAUAUGAGUUUUCAUGGUAAAACGAGAAUUCCUAGUGUUACUUGUUUGUUUGCCCACAUUACUGCAUGGUAAAACUGUGGUGACGUUAAUAUUUCUUCAUUUUUGUGGCUGCUACUUUACACAAUAUAGAAAUGAAACUUUGAAAUGGAUAUUUAAGUCAAUAAAAUGUUGAAAUAAGUGGAUGGAUUGUUCGACAA